CGCGCGUGCUAGCUUUCAUCGAGCCCCAUGACAGUCGGCGUGUGCCUAUCCGACCCCUUCAAGACGGCGCGGCGCUCUGGUGGUUGGUGUCGAGCGGGACAAUAUAUUUUCCGAGGCGGCCGUAGACUAGCGACGCGUCAUCUGCACCUGGUGAGCGCAGUGUCGUUUCGAGUGACCCCUGAGCAACAGCGCCCCCUCGAGAUAUAAAGGAGCGCACGACGAGGAGGGGAGGCAAAGUCGCGAUUCAACUCGUGAACAGCUCCAUUCGCAAUGGCCUCCAACUUUUCUAGCAUUCCCAUCCUCGACUACGCUUUGACUGCCGACCCCGAGCGCAGGGGGGAGUUCAUCUCCCAGCUACGCCAUGCUCUCAUCAACGUCGGCUUCCUCUACCUCGCUAAUUCUCCGGUGCCGCGCGAGGACAUCGAUGCGGUGAUCGACUACACGCCGCGUCUCUUCGACAUCCCUCAGGAGGCGAAGGACAAGAUCCGCAUGGCGAACUCGGAGCAUUUCUACGGCUACUCUAGGCUCGGUGCUGAGUUCACCAAGGGGAAGUCUGACCAGCGCGAACAGUUCGACUUUGGUACCGAGUGCGAUAGCGUCUGGAAGUCUGGCGACCCGGAUUACAUGCGGCUCUGGGGCCCUGCUCAGUGGCCCCAGGAAGAGCUGCUGCCCGGCUUCAAAGCGACGAUGUUACGUUACCUCGCUGGCGUCGAGAAACUGAGCUACGAGUUCAUCAACCUGCUUGCGGAGGCGCUUGGACUCCCGGCGGACGCGCUGAAGGCCUUCUACGAGACAGAGAUGCCAGUUCAACACUGGGCCAAGGUGGUGAAAUACCCUGCUUUGGACAAUCUCUCCUCGGACCAAGGCGUCGGCCCUCACUUUGACGCUGGGUUCCUGACAUUCUUGCUUCAAGCGUCUCCGCACGCGGGGCUCCAGGUGCAGAAUCUUUCGGGCGAAUGGAUCAACGCGCCGCCUAUCCCCGGAACGUUCGUGGUCAACAUUGGUAAAGCUCUGGAGACAGUCACCCAGGGGUUGGCCCGCGCGACGUCCCACCGCGUGCUCUCCCCUCCGAAGGGAUCCACCCCUCGUUACUCUAUUCCUUUCUUCCAGAACAUAUCACUACGCGUCUCCGUCAAGGACAUUACCCUGCAGCUGAACGAAGAAAUCGUCAAACUGAAGGAGCAGCGCGCUGAGGCUGGCAACCCCGAUUCCGUCAACUACGCCGAGUAUGGCCAGCUGCCUACUGGACAGGUCAACUUGAUUGGACGCAUCAAGAGCCAUCCCGAUGUUGCGCAGCGUCACUACCCUGAAUUGUUCAAACAGUUCUUCCCGCAGGGCCUGCCGAUGCAGGGGAAGGCGUACUAAGCACCGAGGCGGAUU